CCCGCCGCCGGCGGCCCCCGGGCUCCGGGCCGCGCGUCCGGCCCCCGACGCGCUGGGGGUCUCCGGGGAGGGGCCGGCCCCGCCGAGAGGCGCGGCGAUGGAGGAGCCGCAGCGCGCCCGCUCGCAUACCGUCACCACCACUGCCAGCUCCUUCGCCGAGAACUUCUCCACGAGCAGCAGCAGCUUCGCCUACGACCGGGAGUUCCUCCGCACCCUGCCCGGGCUCCUCAUCGUGGCGGAGAUCGUUCUGGGACUGCUGGUAUGGACACUUAUCGCCGGAACCGAGUACUUCCGGGUCCCUGCUUUUGGCUGGGUCAUGUUUGUAGCCGUGUUUUACUGGGUCCUCACCGUCUUCUUCCUCAUCAUCUACAUAACAAUGACCUACACCAGGAUCCCGCAGGUGCCCUGGACAACAGUGGGUCUGUGCUUUAAUGGCAGUGCCUUCGUCUUAUACCUCUCGGCCGCUGUGGUGGAUGCCUCUUCUGUCUCCCCGGAGAGGGACAGCCACAACUUCAACAGCUGGGCAGCCUCAUCGUUCUUCGCCUUUCUGGUCACCAUCUGCUAUGCUGGGAACACAUAUUUCAGUUUUAUAGCUUGGAGAUCCAGGACCAUACAGUGAUUGGCCAUUUUGAGAAUUAAAAGGGAGGGAGAAAACACGAAGAAUCUCCUUGUAAAAACGAAAACAAAAAACCCGACAAACUGUAGGUAUGAUGUAUAUUUCCAGAGAAUUGUAUUUGACUAAUGUUUUUAUAUACCUAGUUAAAUUUGCUCGCGGCAGUUUGUUACAAUUAAACUGGAUACUUAUCUGCAGUUUGCUGUAGCUUGUAACGAACUCUUCAAUAUCUUGCGGAUGUCUUCACAGACCUUAUUUUCUUAGACAAUGUAUAAAUAGAGAAAUUGCUAA